CUUGCCGAAUUGAAGAAGUUUUAGAUUACGGAAAAGAAAACCACGCUAAAGGCAAAGACACAGGAAACAACAAUCAACAAUCCCAAGAAAAAUUUGGUAAUUACCCAGAUCCAACUCCUUUUUCUCCACUUUCCCCAGAUGACCGACAACCAAAGCCUACUUCAUCUUCUCCGGAUAAUAAUUCAGAACCAAAACCAAAAAUUUCUUCAUCUUCCCAAUUGGAAAAAACAUAUAAAAAAAAUUUUUUUAAACGGGGAACGGAAAGCUUAAUUAGUUUAUUUUUAGAAGAAAAUGAACCGAAAUUAUUCGAAAAAAGUGAGCAAUAUCCAUUAUUAAUAACGCUCUCGGCUAAUUGGGUCGGACAUUCUCUACAAUUACGAGAAACAAUUAAUGAAUUAUUAAAAGAAAAAAAAGAUUUAUUGUUUUUAGAAAUUGAUACUGACUUUGAACACCUAUUGUCGACAAGACUUGGGGUUGAUAGAAUUCCUAUUUCUUUACUUUUUUUUAAAGAAAAAAUAAUUAGCGGUCCACGAGCGGGAGCAAUGAGUUUAGCGCGACUAAAAGAAUUUGUAAAUAGCACGGUAGAUCGGAACUUAAGUGAGAUUACCGAAGAAGAAAAAAUUAUCGCUAAUUUAACAGAAGAAAAAGCGACUUAUCAAGAAUUAUUGAGAAAUAAUGAAUUGGAAUCCCAAAACUUGCGACUUGAAUUAGAGGAAGCCAAAAAAACUAUUACCAUCUUAGAAACCGCUAGGGAUGAUAGUGUAGCACUAGAGCAGGCUCGAAAAAAUAAAGAGCAAGCCCAAUCCGAGGCCCCUGAUAGUGGACAACUUAAGCAAAACUAUAAUUUACUUUUUGAACAUAAUAACACAAUUUUAAGUUUACGGCGGGAAAUUAAAGAAAAAGACGCAGAAAUUACUCAGUUAAGAGAAGAUAUUGAAACUGCUGAGCAAUUAGAAGAACAAGAAUUUCAAGAA